UUCCCCAACAUCCCCACCUCUCUCUCUCUCUCAAAGAAACAAUCUCAGUUAUCGUCAAUCAAACUCGAGAAACCUUAAGAUCGAGGAGUGCAUGCACCGUCACUAAUUCAAAUGAAAAUCUACCAAAUUUCGUUGCCACUUGUUUAGCUAAGAUGAUGGAGAACAAUCAAGGCGACUUAGCCGAUGUAGUCGGCGCCACCACAACCGCCACCGCAACACCAUCACAACAGCCUGCUGCGGACUGGCGAUUUUCAAGAACUUCAAUCAACUACCCUCCGGAAUAUUUUGGCGAUCCAUUCACUUACAUCUCCGAUAUUCCUCUCAUCCAAACCCCUCCAACUACUUCUCACCUCUUCUACAAUUCCAAUCCCGAUCACAUGAAGAAACCCUCAAACAUUUUCUCCCGGAUGCUCGAAAUCUCUCCGAAUACGAAGCCACGUGAAUCUCAAGCGCCGCCGCCGCCGCAAAGGGAGGUGAAGAAUCCCCCUAUUUUGCAGAUCUCGUCUCCGCGAAAUGCGCCCAUCAAAAGAAGGAAAAGUCAGGCGAAGAAAGUAGUUUGUAUUCCAGCAGCAGCACCAGCAAACAGCAGAGCUACCGGAGAAGUUGUUCCAUCGGAUCUUUGGGCAUGGCGCAAGUACGGACAGAAGCCAAUCAAGGGUUCGCCUUAUCCUAGGGGCUAUUACAGAUGUAGUAGCUCAAAGGGGUGUUCGGCGAGGAAACAAGUGGAGCGGAGCCGAACCGACCCGAAUAUGCUCAUGAUCACCUACACCUCGGAGCACAACCAUCCGUGGCCGACACAGCGCAACGCUCUCGCCGGCUCCACCCGAUCUCAACCACCCAAGACCACCAAGGACUCAGAAAAGGAUACAAACCCCAAAAAUCACGACCACAAGGAAACCUCCAUUGACAACCAUGGAGCCGUCAAAGAAGAGGUGGAUAAUCGGGUUGAAGCUGAAUUCGACGAAACAUACAAGCCGGAUCAAGAUAGUUUUUUUGCCGAUUUGGGGGAAAUUGGAGAUGAUCCAUUGAGUUUAUUCGGACAAGGGUUUACAUCACGUGAUGAUGGCAAUAGUCAUAGUGAUUUGGAUCCGUUUGACUUGUAUGAUUGGGCAAUCAGCCCCACGGCGACGGAGGCGGAGGUGGUGGAGGACUCGGCCGGGAGAUCUUGAAAUGGUUCCUUUGAUAAUCUCUGUACAAUAUUUAGAAGGUGUUUUAAGAGGUUUGGGCUUGCAUGGGAAACUUUGAUUUUUUAAUGAUUGAUUUAAUAGCAAAAAAUUUACGAGGCAAUCUGGCCUUGUUAAUA